AUGGUCCUCACGGAGAAGGACCGCGAGGUCCAAGGCAGCCACAGUAAGAGACACAAGAACGAAAUCCAUAACGAAAACAUAGCAUCAAAGGGUCAGCCUAGCUGGAUUGCCCCCACAUCAGGCUCGUCGACAACCCCUUCUCGGAUGAAGAUUCGGAGUCCAAGAAAGGAGGUUGGAAGAAGUUCUACCAUCGUACGAGAACCGGCACCAAAGCAGGAACUUUUCUCCACAAAUCUCAGACGACCUCAGACGUCUUUGAAAGGCAUACCUGGUAGUCGCACCAGUGAUAAAUCUCCACCGAAAUCUUCUCCCGCCACAUUUUCGAGAGCUACCAACAAGCAGACCAAGCAGAGCUUGCAGAGCCCUCGUUCCACUGUCAGGGGAAUGGCCGGAACUAUUGAACAUCGCUCAAUCAAGGUUCCGACGAAGAGGGAAGAUGAUUUCCGCACUCCAGAACAACCUACCAUGAAGUUUAAUGCCGCGACCUCCUCCUCAGAUGGAGACUCCGACAAGGAGAACAAGCCGUUCCCAAAGACACAAUCGUUCCACACCGAUAGCGUUAGAAAUACCAACCCAAUCACGAAACCAACGGCAGUUGCAAAUGACAAGCUGCAACUCAUCCUCCGUAACAUGAGAGGUUCAUCGACGCCUCGUCCCAGGAGCGUUGAGAGAGAACACAGCGUAUCCGAUAAUGAUUCCACGUCUGGUUUUCCGGUCGGUGACUCGACGUUCCAUGCUGAUGGAGAAUUAAGUGAGGAUGACAUCGAGUACAAUGUGGAAGCAUUCCUUGAUCGUCGAGAGCACUACCGUCGGAUUCGUCGACCUGAGGUCAAAUCUGUCAAGUGGGAUCCUGCGAUCGUGGAUUUCGGUCCACUGGCCGCAAUUACCAAUAAACCCAAGGCAGAAACCAACAACCCCAAGGUAGAUAUCAACAAGCCCAUGGCAGAUACAUAUCGACCUUCCAAGGCGCCGGGAGAGCAACAGAUCGACUUGCCUACAAAAGGUUUGCAGCACAGCCUGUUGGAGUUGGCUCAGAUGGCUACCGAGUUAAUGAAGGAAGAUCGACAAAAAUUGCAGAAGAUUCUGGAGGCAAUGAAGUGUGCCGAAAGCGGUGAUGACUCUGUGGUUAUAACAAGGCCGAAGAAGGACAGGAAGCCCCUGGAGGAAAUUAAGUUCCACGACAAGACGACAGGAAGAUCCGCGGUUUCGAAACAAAACGAGAUCAACAAGGAAUCCACGUCCCCUGCAAAGAAACUGAAUCCAGCCGCACCGGUCUAUCGAAAAUUAGCCGAUAUCAAGGCUAGGAUCUCUCCUAAGAAGGAGAACACGCCAAACCCUGUGCAGUUUCCCUUGCAUGUGCAAAGAAAGCGGCGUCAUGCAGCGAGUGAAGAGACCAUCGAACGUCCGUUUGUUGGUAGGCCAAACAAGUAUAUCCCUCCUGCGCUGCGAGUACUCGAUAGUAACGUCCCCGCGGAUUCCCCAGCCAAACAGCAAGAGCCAAUAUGGAUUGAUACUUCGAAGCUUGCUGCAGAUGGGAAGGGCCUUCCUCAAAUAUCAAGCAUGCUAAAUGAUUGGCUUCAAAGUACACCUGAGGCACUUGGAUUUGGCACUCAGUUUCCAGAAGAGGUUCAUGACCAACAAACGGCGCCGGUCGACACGCAAAUCGAAUUUCAAUCGCAAUCUUUGCCUCCAGUGCCUCCAGCAUGGAUCCCGUUACCGAGCAUCAACACAUCUGCCCUGCCUCAGAGCUGGUGUCAUAUGCCACUUCCAGAAUGGUGUCCUAUAUCCUUCGUACCGGUCUCAAUGAUGCCUCUCCCACAGAUGCCUCUCCCACAGAUGCCUCUCCCACAGAUGCCUCUCCCACAGGUGCCCUUGACAAGCUAUUCUCAAGUUCCGCCCCUAGAGAAGAAAACCAAGCCGUUUCCGCGUCGGAUUCCGAAUCAAUCAGAACACGGUCGAACAGCUGAGACUCUGCAUCCAGCCUGGGCAUCAUCGCUCUUGGAUAAAUUCAUGGAGAAGUAUCCAAUGACAGGCAGGUUGAUUCCUCCGGCUGCUCCCAGCCCGCUUCCGAAGCGCGCGAGACGAGGGAAGAAUGCAAGUGAGAUUCAGCAAAAAUUGGAGGAGUUGCUGUUGUACCAGAAAGAGAAGAGGAUUUUCGAGCAGCGACAUAACACUACAAACAUGUCAGAGGACUCCGAUUCAUCGUCUGGGAGAUCAUAG